CUCAGUCUAUGUACAGUUGAGACAAGUAUCAGGAUAUUGCAGGUACAGGGACAGGAGAAAGCGAGCUUCCAGGUCGCAAUGGAAGUCGAGAGAUGGUCCAGAGUCCAGACGCACGCGAUAGGCACACCAAAGGCCGAGGCUGUGGGGUCGGACCCCCGAUGGCGGGGAAAAUGUUCCGCCUCGUGCAUGACGGCGGACGGCGGGCGGCAGCAGCAAGAAGCAGAAGGCUCGACCGGAGCUGCGAGAGGCGGAUGCUUUCAUCAACUCUCGUCAUUACACGUACGAUUACAGCACAACCAUGGCGACGGUGCGUGUCUGUGUCUGCGGCGACGAAGGCACGGGCAAGUCGAGCCUGAUCACGUCGCUGGUCAAGGACGUCUUUGUCACAAACAAGAUCCAGCCUGUACUGCCGCCCAUCUCGAUUCCUCCCACCCUGGGCACCCCGCAAAGUGUUACUACCACCAUUGUCGACACAUCCGCCCUCCCCCAGGAGCGCGACAACUUGCGCAAUGAGCUUCGCAAAUCUAAUGUCAUCCUCCUCGUCUACUCGGACCACUACAGCUACGAGCGUGUCGCCCUCUUCUGGCUACCAUAUUUCCGUUCGUUAGGCGUCAACGUACCUGUCGUUCUUACUGCCAACAAGGCCGAUUUGUCCAAGAAUGUCUCGACCCAACAAGUCGUAGACGAAGAGAUGCUCCCAGUCAUGCAGGAGUUCAAGGAGAUCGAUUCGUGUAUCCGCACCAGUGCCCGCGAGCACCACAACAUCAACGAGGUCUUUUUCCUCUGUCAAAAGGCCGUCACCCACCCCAUCGCUCCCAUAUAUGACGCAAAGGAGUCCUCCCUCAAGCCCGCUGCUGUCUCUGCUCUCCGAAGGAUCUUCUACCUCUGUGACAAGGACCAAGACGGCCUGCUCAAUGACGCCGAGAUUCACGACUUCCAGGUCAAGUGUUUCGAGAAGCCUCUCUCGGACCAAGACCUCGUUAGCAUCAAGCGCUCUGUACAUGCACAUGAUGGUGGCAUCGACAUAGAUGGCUUCAUCCGCCUCAAUAAGAUGUUUGCUGAGAAAGGCCGUCAUGAGACCAUCUGGAUCAUCCUUCGCAAAUUCCAAUACACAGACAGCCUCAGUCUGAAAGACACCUUUUUGCACCCAAAGUUCGACGUCGCUUCCUCUUCCUCGGCCGAACUAAGUCCUCAAGGUUACCGCUUCUUCGUUGAUUUGUUCUUGCUUCAUGACAAGGACAACGAUGGAGGUCUGAACGACUCUGAGCUGGCUGCUUUGUUCGCCCCAACCCCUGGCCUGCCCAGUUCCUGGAUCGAGCAUGACUUCCCGUCCUGUACCGUUCGCAAUGAAGCUGGCCACAUCACUUUACAAGGCUGGCUAGCACAAUGGAGCAUGACAACCUAUGAGGAACCAAAGGUCACACUGGAGUAUCUGGCCUACCUUGGUUUCGAGACUCCUCAGAGAGGAGGCACGACUGCUGCACUAAAGGUCACCAAGGCUCGGAAGCGACGCAACAGACCUGGCCGCGUAGAGCGAAAUGUCUUCUUGUGCUACGUCAUCGGCGCUGGUGGCAGUGGUAAGUCGAGCUUACUAUCAGCCUUCCUCAAUAGGCCCUUCAGCACUACCUACCAUCCCACCAUCAAACCGGAAAUCGCUGUAAACAGUGUUGAAUUACCUGGCGGUCGUCAAUGCUAUCUGAUUUUGAAGGAGCUUGGUGAACUAGAACCGGCCGUUCUGGAAAACCAGGCCAAGCUCGAGGCAUGUGAUCUGUUGUGUUACACCUAUGAUUCCAGCGACCCGGACAGCUUUGGUUACAUUGUCGAGAUGCGGAAAAAGUAUGCUCAUCUUGAAUCUUUGCCCGGAGUGUACACUGCUCUGAAAGCAGACCAGGACAGGGCAGUUCAGAGAAGUGAGAUGCAGCCGGACCAAUACACCGAAGAGCUGCGUGUGCCAAAACCGCUGCAUGUGAGUGUGACAUGGGCAAGCGUGUCAGAGUUCUUUGUACAUCUGGCCGAGAGCGCGACGUUCCCAUCAACAGCAUUCCCAAAGAACGAAGAAUCGGACGUGGAUCGAACGAAUCUGUACAUCGGGCUAGGAGCGGCUGUAUGCGCCGGAGCGGCUCUGGCCAUCAUGUGGAGGAAGAGUAUAGCGGCUAGUAAUUAAGGCUAUGGAACAACAACAAUGCAUGGGUGGAGUUAUAGGUGGAUUUUAGCAUCAAGAUACCCAGCUCUGGAAAUUAGAUAGGCCGAUCACAACAACGAGACAUUCGCCAGUCCCAAGCGAGAUAGCAAACAAGGCAAGCAGUGUCUGAUGUUCUCAGACGGGAUGGUUGGAUGGUUCGUGAACGGAUCGAGGGAUCCGGCGUCCGAGUGAACAGCGUUUGCCAAGGCGCUGCUCCUCAGGCCCCGAGCAGUUCAGGGAAAGCGAAGAAUAAACAUUCAUGUA